UAUUGUGGUGGAGUGGUGAAGGGGGUAAUUGAGAGGCGGUCGUCUCUGAGUUUCUUAUGUGAUUGAGUGUUGGGCUAUAAUUUAGUGGCAACUAUGAGUCUGUUAGUUGCAAAUAAUAUGAAUGUACCUAUAGGUAGGGGGUAAUGUAUAAAACAUAGCUCUAUCAUACGUUCGAUUACAAAGCAUAACAUUUUUUUAUUUAAUUUUUUUUUUUGCCAAAAUACACUGCUCCAAGCCGAUCUGUAUAUAUUUUUAUGAUAUUUUCAUAUCUACUCUGCGAUUGAGUGAUGUGAGAUAGCGUGCGCGUGCUCAUUAAGUACAUCGUUUUCGGAGAUAUAAUGUAGAUGGGUUACGAGGUACAACAUACCGAGGAUUGAUAAGUCAUUACACGGUGGGGUGUGGCGGAGAGCGACAAGUAACGUCUAAGAAUCGCUCAGUUUAGGAGUCCAUGGGCUAAGUUUCAGAACUCUCCGUUUCAUACUACUUCCAUGUUACUUGUAUGCUUAAAUUCGAUGCCACUCGAAAUAUUAUAUUUAUUUGGCAGUAUAAACGUAUUUUUCAAAAUAAUAAUAUGUUAGCAACAUAUUAUGCAGUUUUGUGAUUUUUGCACCAUUGUUCCGUGCCUAAUAUGUAAACAAAAAAAGAUUAUUUACUAAUAGGUAUUUGCCCAAAUGGUUUAUUGAGUUGCUCUGGAUACUCGUAUUUUGUUUUGUAUUUACAGUUACCUUUUAAAUACCGUUGUUGAACGACGUUUACUAUAAUUCUUACUUUAUUUUAUUCAAAGCCGUUAUCGUUAUUAAUUUAUAGUAGACACAUAACUUCAAACAUGGUUAAUAAUAUGUUAGCUUUUUAUUUUAUGUUUUAUUUUAUUGCAUGUACUUUUGCGGAUCCUGCUGAGAAACUGGCAAAAUAUCGUUCUGAGGAACUAGCAAAAUGUCGUUUUCAAAUGUUGAAAGCUGAUCUGUUGCAUGAAAAGGACUCUAAAUACUACGCUCAAGAUGGUUGGAAUAUAACUAUAAAUAGUAUUUUAGAUGACUUAGUAACUUUAAGAACAUCAAUCAUUAAUGAGGUAACAAAGAUCGCUGAGACACUAUUAAAAGUAAGUCGAAAUAUGGGUAUAAUAGUUAAGGAAGCUAAAACAAAAUACAUGGCUAUGUCAAGUCCAUUCGCCAAUGUCUUAGCAGCAAAACAUUAG